GGUAAGCUACCUUAGGUAGGUAGGUAGCGGAUAUCUACCUACAGGUGAUAAUUGCACAUCAGGCACCUUACCUACUACUAUAUAAGUGUCGGGUGGGUUGGAGCCCUGAUCUGUCUACUUAGGCACUGCGUAUAUGUGGUAAUCGUACUCCGUCUGUUGUUGCGGCAGGCCGUACUCGAAGAGGCCCCCAACAUCUCGCCGGUGGAAGUCAAAGAAUAAAACUGCCUCUUCCCCAAUCCUAAGCCGUGAUGAACCUUCGUCUGCCUGCCAAGUUUCGCCUUCAGCCUUAGUUGCGUUCGCCCACUUGAGUCUUCCCUGCAGGAUAGCUCCCGUCCCUUGUACACCGAGAAUUACCUACCCCGCGGUCUCCGAAACCAUCUAAAUAUACACGCUGUUGUGGAUAUAUACACUACAAGGCCAUGUCUCGUCUUUGGGGGCCAGCCACUGCCGUCGACGCUGUUCCUCAACAGAUAGAUGGCUUGCUGCCAGCACAGUUAUGGCGAACCGGUUAGCCAACCUUAUUCACAAUGCAGAGCCUCCUGGCCCUAAUGGCGCUUCAGUCACGUCUGCGAUAAAUGAACCACCGGUUCCCCUGCCUGACUCGACAUCUUCUGCCGCGCAGACUAGCCCAAGUCACUCGAAGAGCCAGUCCCUGUAUCAAUGUGCCGAGUGUCUAAGACGAUAUUCUCGCCCAGAGCAUCUCCACAGGCAUAUUGCGACCCAUACUCUGGGGAAGCGCUUUGUGUGCGACAUCUGCUCCAAGGCUUUCGCUCGUGCCGACUUGCUCAAGCGCCACCGCCUGAGCCAUCAAGACGACAAUGGGACGAAACGUAGGCGAGUCAACUCGUUCCUUGGCCCAGGCCGCGUUGCCCAUGCAUGCCAGGCUUGCGCCAGAGCCAGGGUCAAGUGCGAGGAGCUCAAACCGUGCUCGCGCUGCAAGAACCGCGGGCUGAAUUGCGAGUACCCUUCAUCAGAAGACGCUGCAAGGCACCUGCUCCAUCUGUCAGAAAGCGCUCGCAAUAUGGACCCUGGUGUGCACCAAGAUGCCAGCCCCGUAUCAACAUACGAUGGCCACCAUCCACCGGCAGCAGCUCAGCCAACCAUUCCGGGCCCAGCAGGACACCGGCCGCUCUUCCCUGACGCUGCCGACUCUCAGGCGGUGGCGAUCCAAAGCUCCAUCUCUACGAAUACUCCGUGGAAGGAGGAACCACAGUUGCUGACGCCCGAGACGUUGAUGCACGGAAGCAACCCGGACUCCUUCCAGCCACCAUACCCAAACUCGAACUUGGAAAAUAUGCACAGAAUGCCCUUCUCCGACUUCCUUCGAGAUGUGCUGUAUCGAGAUGAGCUGUAUGAGCAAUCCUUGGGACACCAUGCAAGGUUUGCCGAUGCCCAGGGCUUGGCCGUUCUAGACGUCUGCGAUGAUGGAAAUCUGGAGCUGAACGAAGUUGACUUUGGUCUUCUGGAUCACUGGAACAUCGAUGGCAUGUCAGACCGCCUUCCAAACGCGCCAGAGCUCCAGUCUAGAACCGAAGAGCCCAGAGCAGACAUGGACAGGAUGCGGAAACGCCUCGUCCAGAUCUGGACCAAAUCGCCCUGGCGAUGGAAUCCCGAAAAUACGGACAAUGCCUUCCGUGAACAGUCCUAUCUUCCAUUAUCUUCUAAUGACGCCGGAGGAGCUCAAGUACAAGAGUACUUUGACCGUGUUGUAAACGAGAAGCUCCAUCUAGCUGGCCGCGACAAAAUCCUGACCAUUGUCCUUGGCACCUGUCGCAACGACAGCAUCAUGUCUAGAGUCGCAUCCUCAUUUCCAUCCACAGAGGUCAUGGACUCGUGGAUUCACAUCUUCCUUGCUUCCCAUCUCUGUCAGGUCUCGACAUUCAUCCAUUACCCUUCGUUCUCCCUAGACAACCAGUGGCCUGAAUGGCUGGCUAUUGCUGCCUCAGCAGGAGCCGUACUUGCCCCCGUCCCAACCCUACGGCGCUUUGGCUUUGCCCUCCAAGAGGCAGUUCGCGUCGCGAUUCCCAAAUUAUUCGAAGAGAACAACAGGGCGAUAGCCGACAUUAGCCCUGUUCAAGCAUUGAUGUUGGUCCAGGAUAUUGGGCUCUGGAGUGGCAACCGGCGGAAGAUGGAGAUCGCUGAGGGCCAUUUGAUGAUACCAAUUACUAUGAUGCGAUACCGCGGCAAGUUCCAGGGGUCCCACUACCCCCAGAUAAUCAUAGAUGGAGCCGACGAAGGAAAAGUCCUGGAGGAGAAAUGGAAGAGGUGGUACGAGCUCGAGUGUUGGAAGAGGCUUGUAUUCCAUGCCUAUCUGAGGGACGCGCAGAUCUCCAUGACUCAGUUCAUCAACCCCUCAAUGUCGUACGCUGAAUUAACGCUGCCGCUGCCCAGCUCCAAGAAGCUCUGGUUUGCAAAGACGGCUGAGGAUUUCAAGACCAUGUACCUUGAAAUGUGCGCCGGAGAAGGCAAACGGGCACCGUCUCUAACAGAUCUGUUCCGUGACGUCGAUCUGCUUGUGGCGCCAGCUCAUCGUCGACACGUCGACAUGCAGCUCGCCUUUUCCAUCUACCUCCACGGCUUUUGGUCGCUGAUUUGGGAGUAUCGACAACUCCGAUCCGUUGGCCACUCAUCCGGCCUCCUGGCCAACCCCAACAUUCUAUUGAAUUCCCGGCACCAGGAGCUUUAUAAAGCACUGCAGCAUUUUCCGAUGCUCACAUCGUAUGCCUGCGAGAUGCCCUCCGCCCAGGAGAACCUUGUUCUGAACCUCCUCCAGUUGAAUCUGCACGUCUCUCUCGACGAUCUGCAGCUCUUCUCCGGCAAGGAAGGAGAGGAGCAGGCACGGAGGGUCUACCCCGUGCUGCAAAAAUGGUCACAGAGCCCCGAGGCUUGGAGAGCUCUGUUGCACGCCGGGCAGAUCCUCCGGCACGCCAAACUCUUUCCCGCGUGCCAUCUGAAGGAUUUCUAUGCCAUCGCGGUGCACCACGCAGCGUUGUGUCUGUGGACUCACGGGGUAGUGACAAGGGCGACGGGGUGCAACUCGCAACUCCAGGGCCACGAGCUUGUGCACUUGGACGGCAAUGACUCAGAUCAGAUACACCGCUUCACCGCGUAUGGUCACGGCAGGGCCGCGAUCCGUGGGCCUGACAAGCGGGACCAAGCCUCUUCACCGGCCGAGUCGCUACUCGAAGACCCGCGAGGCUGCAUGGAGAUUGCACAGGAGAUCCUCCGAGCCAACUUCAUCGAGGGGCAGGAGUGCCUGCCGCCAAUCAGCGAGAAUAUCAUUCACCUGCUCAAGCAGUUAGGAAAUGCGGCCAGGGCAGUUGGGCCCCCGUGACAUGGGAAGGAGCCUGCCAUGGAUAUCUCUCUGAAAUUGUCACUACAUUUCUAGUAGUGAUGGGCUGUCUGGGUUAGUGGGGGAAGUCAUGAAACUGCCUCCCAUGAGCAACUCGGGAAUUGUACUAUUUUCCUCCGUGUAUGUACCUAAUUAUAACAGAUGUAAAUAUAACCCAGAAAAUAAUAGCCCAUGGCUUGACCACGUUUGGCACAUGCCGGUUCCCGGG